AAUAUGCAUCAUUACAAAAUUCGGCACUAAUCAGUUAAACCAAGCCUAAUUUGGAUGAUAUUUUAACAACUAACAGUACUUACGUAUAAGAGAGUCCUCAAAAAAUUGCCAAUUCUUUUUUCCGAAGUUUCUUAUGCUAUAAAUACCCAAACAACCCUUACACAUUUUUAACAAACAAUUUCAAUAAGGUUAAAAAAUGAAGAGAGGAACCCAAAGUCAUCCUAGAUUAAGAAAAUCAUGGGAACAAAAAAGCUAUAAUGAUCAAAUAAUCUCUUCUUCUGAGAUGAACUCUUUAAUUAGUAUUUGUGAAACUCUCUUCCCUCAAUCUCAACUUGCAUCCCGGAAUCCCGUACCUUUCGAGGUUGCGGAAGUGAUGAAAGAUAAGGGAUUGCCAGAAGCAGUGAUGUUAGUAAGGGUAGUAUUAUGGCUAAUAUCAACAAGAUUAGGGACACUUUUGUUAUGUGGGUUUAUUUGUUUGGAUAAAAAAUGGCCUUACAUAAAUAACUUUUCUAAUUUGCCAACUGAAAAAAGAGAAAGGAUUUUACAGAAUUGGUCAAGCCACAGAUUCUUAAGCUCACUUAGACUCGUCUUCUAUUUCCUCAAGUCAUUGUGCCUCUACUUCUGCUUCUCCUUGGUAGAUGAUAACUGUCAAAACCCAGCAUGGGAGGAAAUAGGCUACGAACCCAACACCGCCACCACAGACAACAAGGCGGCAGUUAACCAAGCGAGGCCUCUAGAAAAUGGUAUAAUCGAGACCCUCUACGAAACUCCAUCAACCCUAAUCCAGUCUCUCACAAAUAAAGGCCUCAGUGUCAAAGAAGAUCCCGAAAACAACGUAUACAAGAUCAAGUGUGAUGUAGUCAUUGUAGGAUCCGGUUGUGGCGGAGGAGUGGCAGCUGCAGUCCUUGCUGGGGCAGGCCAAAAGGUGGUUGUCCUUGAAAAAGGAAAUUACUACACUGCCCCUGAUUACUCCUCCCUCGAAGGUCCCACGAUGGAGGAACUCAUGGAGAGAGGAGGAAUGAUCCCUACUACUGAUGGUGCUAUCGUGUUACUUGCAGGGUCUACUGUUGGGGGCGGGACUGCUGUCAACUGGUCUGCUGCACUUAAAACUCCAGACCCUGUUUUAAAAGAAUGGGCAGAGGAACAAGGGCUACCCUUGUUUGGGACCCCACAGUACAACUUUGCCAUGCAGUGUGUAACAAAAAGGCUUGGUGUUACAACAGAGUGUCUGAAAGAAGGGUUUCAGAACCAGGUUUUGAGAAAAGGGUGUGAGAAUUUAGGGUUGGAAGUCGAUCAAGUCCCACGGAAUUCCUCUGAGGGUCACUACUGUGGGUCCUGUUACUAUGGCUGCAGGUCUGCGGACAAGAAAGGGACUGACGUGACGUGGUUGGUUGAUGCUGUCAACUUAGGUGCAGUGAUCAUCAGUGGUUGCAAAGCUGAGAGGUUUCUAAUGGUAAAUAGUGGCGGAAAAAAGAGAGAACAAAGAUGUGUAGGAGUUUUAGCAAGAUCAAUAAACGAUAAGAUCACGAGAAAGCUUGAGAUUGAAGCCAAAGUGACAAUUUCAGCUUGCGGGUCAUUACUAACACCUCCGCUACUGAUCUCAAGUGGACUCAGGAACAAACAGAUCGGAAAGAACCUCCACCUCCACCCAUCUCUGAUGGUUUGGGGGUACUUUCCAUCUGAGGGACCCACUUCACAACUCAAGGGUAAGAGCUAUGAGGGUGGGCUGAUCACGUCUGCACAUCGAGUGGGACCACCACCAGAUCAAAGGUCCAACUCAAUGCCGAGAGCCUUGAUAGAGACACCAGCCCUAGGGCCAGCUGCCUGUGCUGCCCUCUGCCCAUGGGAGUCGGGCAGUGACAUGAAAAAGAGGAUGUCAAGGUAUUCUAGGACUGCCCAUUUGUUUGUAAUGGUGAGGGAUAAAGGUUCUGGUGAAGUCAGGUCAGAGAAGAGGAUCAGCUAUAGGUUAACUUCAGAGGACAGAGAAAAUAUGACAGCAGGGCUACGGCGAGCCCUGCAGAUUCUGAUAGCAGCAGGUGCUGUUGAGGUUGGGACUUAUAGAAGUGAUGGUCAGAGAAUAGAGUGCAAAGGAAAGAGUGAGGAUGAAAUAGAGGAGUUUCUAGGAUCAGUUUCGGCAAACAAAGGUCCUUUGACAGAUCAUUUCUGGUCUAUUUACUGUACGGCACAUCAGAUGGGGAGUUGCAGAAUGGGGAGGAGAGAAGAUGAAGGUGCUGUUGAUGAGAAUGGGGAGAGUUGGGAAGCAGAAGGGUUGUUUGUUUGUGAUGGAAGUAUCUUGCCUAGUGCUGUGGGUGUUAAUCCUAUGAUCACUAUACAAUCUACUGCUUAUUGUAUUGCUAAGAAGCUUGCCGAGUCUCUGAAGAACGGGGAGUUCAUCAUCUAGAUAGGUUUUCUGUUUUCUUUCUGUAAUCUUUGUAUUUCUAAUAAUUUCAAUAGUUGCAGUAUCUAAACUCAGAAUCAUGAACCAACAUAAUCAGACAACCGGUCAAAACGAGCAUGAAUGAACAUGGAAUAUGCAAUCUAAUGUUAGAGAUGACUGUUCAACAAGAUGACAGCAGAAAGAAAAGAAUGUAAGAUAAUUAAUUCUGAUGAUUCAUAUAUUCA